AUGGCGAUGGCACUGACCAUACGCCGAGGCCCCACGUCUGUCCAGGAGGCGUCUGGCCACGCCUCUUCCCAUGCCCUGCUGGACCUGGAGUACCUCUUCAGGGGCAGCAGCAAGCCAGGUGGCGGCGCCAUGCAAGUUAAAAUCUGCGUGGUGCUGCGCUGCGGUGGGAAACGUGUGGCCCGCGCUGACCUGGAAGAGUUUCUCGGCCAGCUGCUGCGGGUCUUCCAUGCAUCUACUCUUCCUUCUACUGCAUAUCUCCUACUACCUUAUCCUGCUACGCCCUCUACUGCAUAUCUCCCAAAGCAUAUCUUCCUCCCACGAUCCUCAACUCACUCCCUUUCUCUCUCUCCUACAGACAACCUCCUGCAAACUCAAACCAGAGAGGAGCUCCUGCCGGUCAUGGUGUACAUCCACGGGGAGUCCUACGAGUGGAACAGCGGGAAUCCUUACGACGGGACGGUCCUGGCAUCCUACGGGCGGGUCGUGGUGGUGACCGUCAACUUCCGCCUCGGUGUGCUCGGGUUCCUUAAGCCGAAACUGGGGGACCAAACGCUUAGCAACUUCGCCCUCCUGGACCAGACCGCGGCGCUGCACUGGGUCAACAAGAAUAUUGGCAACUUCGGCGGAAACCCUAAGGCGGUGACGGUCUUCGGGCACGGGACAGGAGCCGCCUUGGUCAAUUUUCUCCUCAUCUCCCCCGUGACUCAGGUGUAUAAAGGUCUGGUGCAGCGGGCCAUCCUGAUGAGCGGGUCAGCCCUCAGCCGCUGGGCGAUGACCAACAACCCCAACAUCUACACGAUGGAGAUGGGCAACAAGAUGCAGUGCCCCCCUUUAAACUACGGGGACGAACUGCAAAAGUGUCUGCAGAUGAAGUCGGUGCAGGAGCUUCUGUCCGUCGAUCUCCAGAGGCCCUUCUCCACCCCCCUCGGCCCUAUAGUGGACAAAGUGGUCAUCAAGAAGGAACCACUCAAGUCGAUGGAGGAAGACACGGCCAUCUUCGGCAAGUUCGACCUCAUGUACGGCGUGACGCGAGCCGAGUACUUCCACAUGCUCAACGACGCCGAAUCCAAGCGAGGGUUCCCCGUGCGGCGGCGCAACGAACUGGUCCGCGCCUACGUCCGCAACAACUACGAGAACUACCAGCCCGACCUCGUGCACAGCUUAGUGACCAGCGAGUACACGUCUUGGGACAGAUCGGAGCUGAGUAACCCGAUGGAGGUGCGCGACUUGACGAUGGACUUGAUGAGCGACGCGCAGAUCAAGGCUCCGGUGUUGCAGAUGGCGGAACUCCACUCUGACAUCCACAAAAAGAGCUUCAUGUACGUGUUCAACCACCAGAGUGUGUUCGGCGACUACCCCGUGUCUCACGGGGCCAUACACGGGGAGGAGUUGGCCUACGUGUUCGGGGCGCCGUUGGUGGGAGGCUUCAACCACUUCGGCCUCAACUACACGAUGGAGGAGGUGCUGCUGUCCGAACUUGUUAUGAUCUACUGGACCAACUUCGCCUGGACGGGGAACCCCAACUUCCCCGCGCCCCAAACCUUCAGGACUCCAGGAUACCCGAGGAAAUGGCAGGACAAUCUGAAGACGAUGUGGCCGGCGUAUGAGAAGCAACAGCAGCUCUACCUCCACAUAGACACGACGGUGCUGAGCAAGGACCACUACCGAGCCAACUACAUGGCCGUGUGGAACAAGCUCAUCCCCAGCCUCCUCAAGACCUCCCCGUACAACCCAGUGCCGGAGACCCCCUUCACGCCCCCCACCCUCUACUCCUUGACCCCGGAGCCGCCGACGCUGUCCCCCAGCUACAUGCUCGUGCCCACUGUCAGCUACCCAGGCCAGAGACACAAGACGAACCCGUUCAAGCCUGUUUUCAUUUCUGGGCCGCCCACAGAAUAUCCCCCUGUACCCUUGGCAACCUUCCCGCCCCCUGUGGCCGCUGGAACCCCCAUCAGCAUCGUCAUUCUGGUCGGGAUCUGCAUUCUGAUCGUGAACUGCUGUGCCAUGGGCGGCGUCUAUUACCAAAGGGACAAGAUACGCCUCCAGUCCAGACUACUGAGGAAUAGUCUGCGCCUUAGAAGGAGAGAGGACUCUGAAGACGACAAGACUCCAGAGACGCCCCCGGUGGAGGUCAAGAAGGAGAAGAAACACAAAAAAAAGUCCAGCAGCAAUUCCUUUGAGUUGACCAACGAGGUACACGCCGACACCCUCCCGCGCAGCACUGGGCCAUCCAGAGAGUCAUCAAUUAAACGGAAGCAGCAAUCAACGUCACACAACUCCUCCUCCAAGCCAACCACCCCAAAAGGCUCCAGCAAGAGUUCCAAGAGUCCCAAGAGCGGCCACAAGAGACACAAGAGCGAUGUCUCCGUGUACAGCGAGAUUGGGAGGUUGACGGAGGUGGACGUGCAUGGGGACCAACACCAACGGCACCAGCGGAAGAACCCCAUCGUCAAGUUCAACACGCUGGGCUCCGGGCUGCCCCCCAAGGCAGUCACUAAGAGCUCCACCUCUAUCUCCUCUCGUGCCUCCAUCAAGAGUAAUUCUUCACGUACCUCCGUCAAGAGCACUGCCUCCAGAGCCUCUGCUAAGAGUGCCACCUCCGAGAAACGCAUCAAGAAGAACGCCAGCUGUCAGAGUCUCCCCACAGCAGAGUACACGUGGGGCAUUACCCCCGAAAUGACCAUGACCCAACGAGACGACCCCGAGGGACACGCCGACCUUAAGGACGUGCCAGUUGACCGCCAGCAGACCGUGUUGGCUAUGCAGAAGCUCAACUACCCCAAGGUGCUGCCUGACCACCCUGAUGGCCUCCACGCCGCUACGCUGCCCAAGACGCGGCCGCCGCCACCCCCACGAUCCACAUCCCUCACAUCGCGAGACAUCCAGGAGCUGGAGGACUCCAUCCACGUCGUGUACCGCAAGAAGAAGACGCCACGAAGAGAUGCCUCAACCGACUCCUGUGACUUGAGCGGCAUGGACAACAUAUACCUAAUGGGCGGAGAGGCCGCACCGCCCGCCUCCAUGUAUGGCGCACCGGCACCCACCGCCACCGUCAACAAGGCGCACGCCAGGAAGAGUGACGGGGCCAACUACGCAGCGGGUGUUGGUGCAGUUGAUUUUGCCAGGCCAGGGGCCGUCGGGGAGUAUUUGCGUGCAGGAGCACCAGACAGUGGGAGAAUGCCCGCCAUGGACUAUGGUCGGGCAGCAGUCAGUCCAGGGUAUGGUGGCUACACUCCCUACGAGGCAACAUAUCGCUACAAAGAAAGCAGCGAGCCACCUGUCAAGGCACUCGUGGCACCGAAGGCUCAAGAGGCGACCAAAGGUUAUGGUGCUUAUGGAGAUCAGAGGACCCCAAGCAGGCCUCUUGCCACCUUUGGGAAGACCAGCACCUACCCGGCAGUGGAGGUCGCAGCCCAGCCUGACCACACUAAGGGCCGGUCACCUCAGGACACCAGUCAGUCGCCUGUUGCGCCACCCACCUCACCGGCUGUGGUCACGGCGGCGGCACAGACUGCCUUGGCCACAGUCACGGCCCCAGCCUUUGUGGGCGCUUCUAACACCAAUAGAACUGCCUCCCCAAAAAUCCCAGCUGCUCCCCCUCCGGCUGCCAUGCACACCUCCGCCCUGCGACAGCAGUCCUCCACCACCUCCAGCUCAGAUGCCACCACUGUGUAUGAGCAGAGUGAGAACACAGGCACCAUAAAGCGGAAAAAGACGAAAGCUGACACCGCCACCACUGGCUCCUCUUCCCCAACCCAGGGGGCCUCCUCCCCUGAGUCCGACAAGCCUUACGACAAGCCCCUGAAGAGUGCACUGAAGCAGACCUCAGCGUAUGACAAACCCAAACCCAUGAUGGCGAGAGCACCGGGUGCCUCCCCGCCCUCCACCAGUACCUCAGCCUCCAGCAUCAGCAGCACCAGCACAAAUAAUGAUCCCUGUGACCCUGAGCACAGGCACACGGCCUUGAAUCGCACACCCUCAGGCGCCGCCAGAAAGGCAAACCGCGUCGCAACCCCAGCCAUCAAGCGGAAGACCAACAGACAGGAAAACCACACCACUACAUCCGCCACCAUACAAACAGACCCCUAACAGGUUGCCUGCACCCACGGAUUUACCUUCCAGUCAGGUGACUGGGGCUCGCGCCUCUGUGUGUCCUGUGGCUCUCUAUAAGAGGCCAAUGAAGGGCUGAAGGAGAGGACUUUUGGACAUUCGCGACUGCCCUUACCUGACAUUUUUUUUACAUACAUGGUGACUGGAAACUCACUCGGCUCGUGACUGCCACAGUCUGACCCUCACUCUCGGUGACUUUACCGUCGCCUGGUCACACGGCGGUCACUUUACUUUCACUGGAUCCAAGUGAGCCACGUUGUUCUCUGUUCUCGUAGAUCACUAAAGAAAGGUGGAGAGCCUAUGGUUUGUCCUCCACUGGACUGCCAUAAACUGGUGACUUUUUCAGACUGGUAAAGGGUCAGUCCUACGUGAGGAUUUGUCGGAAUCAUAGUUGCAUUUAGCUUCAGUUCUGUUUGUUGAGCAGCGGCGCCGCCGCCAUCCCUGAGGUGACGCAUCUCAGGCACAACAUUGUACAAACCUUACGUCGUAUCUAAGGUGCUCCCACAUCGUUACUUCACUUAUUUCGUUUUAAUGACACGCAGCUUAAACAUGACCUCGGGUAGCUACACAAGUUCCUGUUCAAUGACAAUUCCUUCAGUAUGAGUGGCUGAGCGAGUCUCCCAAGCUUGCUUCAGCCUAUCACAUGACACGUGGAUGGGUGUUCAGCAGAAGCCCUGCAUCAUUUUUUACUUGCGUACAAUGUUCCUUUCUAAGUUUUAAUACGCCCUUAUUGUUCACUGAUCUUCACUAUUUUUUCGCAGUCAUAAAGUUUUCACAACACUUUUUUUUGUUAAUGUUUACAAGGACCUGCCACAAACGAAUGCUUGGUGUCAAUAACUUAUUUGUUUAAUUCAUGUAUAAUUUUACACUCGGUAGCCUUCUGGAAUUGGUGUGUCUGUCGCUACAUAGAGAAGGAUGGGUUCUAUUUUUUUGGGGGGGAGCGUAGCCCCUCAUGACUAGCUCAAUGAGUACCUAGACCAGGGAGGGCUGACUGGUCAGCCACCGACACUGGGUUGUACGAAUCCGUGGCCCUGCAUGGAACUGCAGUCGGCGGCCAGCCCACCCAGCUGUUCAUCCUCCCUUUCAGGCCAGCCAAUAAAGGUGUACCUGAAACACCACACAGCAGGACAAGAGAGCUCUUCGGUGAACUCAUCCUUCAGUGCAGCGAGACAAAGGCGGCGUCACACUGGGCAAGGCGUCCGGUGAGCAAAUGCUCGCCACUCGAGCUGGUUGUUGGCCAAAUGGUUUCCAGUCUUGUGUAAGAAAACUACUGCCAGCCUCCUUGGUGCUGUGGCACAUUUACAAGCCUGGCACGAGCCGGGCCACAGCCGCUGCAGCAAGCUUGGUGUAUCACUCCAUUGAAAGUUUGACCAACAUACAUGUUUAAGAAUCUUAAAUACACCUAUCGUGUAUACUUUUUUUUACAAAGGUUACUGAGUUCAGUGUUUAUCUUUAAAAUUGUUGGUCAUCUUGCUAAAUCUUUUCCAUUUUUUUUUUUACACCGCAUCGAACUUUUUUCUCUCCUCGCGUUUCCACUGCGAAUCGCGAAUCGCUUCAGAAACAUUAAGGUUCGGUCGGCGUCUCGGAAAUUGAUUACUUUGUUUUACACAUCAGACAAUUUAUAGAGCAAUCCUCGCCACCACACGGCAUGUCUUAGGUCUGUCUUGAUUUGUGUUUGUGCGUGUGUGCGUGACGACCAUUCCAUGAGGGGGGAGGACACGGCCGGGGGGGAAGGAACCUCUCCUAGGAGGUUGAGGCCUGUCCACCCCGACACUGACUAGCACAUGAAAAGGUUCAGUAUACUACGACGACUACAGAUGCAUAUUUUUCUCUCUUUUACCUCCCAUUUGAUUUUUUUUCUUUUUUGUAUAGGACUUACGUUAUGGAGGCUUUACUGUGGAGGAAAGUCAAGGUCGUGUGUGCGUGUGUGUCAGGCUUGGCUCCAAGUACAUGAACUCAUACCUAAGGACACAGUAUCAUGUACUUGUAUUCGGGGUAAAAAGUUCCUUAGUACUUGUACUCCCACGUGUAUUCGGGCUCCAAGUACUCAAUAAUUUUACGAUUACUUUCUAAUACAACCAAAAAAACGCAAACGUGUGGCUGGUGUUGUGUUUGACGACCUGCAUGGGUGGAGGUGAGGCCAGGGUAAGGGAUUAAAGGUGUGUCCUAAGCUUGAGCCUUGGGGAGGCCAGGUGGCCUGGACCCUGGGGUGUGGUUACACUGGGUCAUGUGAGGUGACUCAGGGCAAAGAGAAGUCAGCAGUUUGACACUUGCUAAAAGCAGAAAAACAGAAUAAAUCUUAAGGUUAAAUCAGUUAAAACUAUUUGUACUUGGAUUCGAAUACAUUAUAAAAGUACUCGUACCUGGACUUGAGUUAAGUUACUAAACUGAGUAAUUGUACUUGUACUUGGAUUCGUGGUAGCGUUAUGUAAUCGUAAUCGGACUCGAGCAAAAAAAAUGUACUUGAACCCAAGCCUUGUGUGUGUGUGUGUGUGUGUGUGUGUGUGUGCGCGUGUGUGCGUAAGGAUCACCGCCAAGACUGUGUUCCCCACGUUGCUAGAACCUAAAACUUAAGACUACAGACCGCCACACGCGGUGGUCUGCGGUAUUCGUUAGGUCCAGUACCGUUCACCCCAUUCAUCGGCACACACCUGCAUCGCUCAGGUUGUGAUUGAUGUAUUAGUUUUGAUAAGGUAUUGUAACCAGUCUAGCGAUGCAUUUGCUUCACCAAUGUGAAGAAAGGAAGGAUAAAACUCUUAUAGGAGAGAUUAGAUAAAUAGAACAAAGCAUAAAUGAGGUUUGCAUCGCACGCACGCAGGUAUUUUUUAGGGUUAAUAAGAUAUCAAAGGAAAGAAGACACUCAGGUUGGUAUUCUUAGAUGCUUCCGCCUUCACAUCAUUUCUUUCCAAAGGCCGAAAAGGAGAUCCAUCGGGUUCUGAGGAGUGCUUUUUUAAAGUUCCUGGUAAAGAAGAAGGGUCAAACUACCACUAGGAUCAUAAAACUCAUUCUGGAAAUUCCCAGAACUCCUACGAAAGCCUUGUCAAAUAUGUGCUUGGGCGCCGAAAUGUUUAAGAAUUUGGCCACGCACCACUUCUCCGGGUGAGUCCGUAGCUGUUGGGUGUGCGUGAAGGGUACAGUCCACGCCUUACUUUACCUGUUCAAUGUUCCCGUCAGGUGUUAAGUUCCUGGGCUGCCUCCAUUGUAUUUGUGGUGAAUGUUCACUCAUGGCCAUUCAGAGUUAAGUAAAGCCAAUAAAGCUUUUUCCGUUCUUACUUAAUCAUUGUCC